GACAUUCAUCAAAAUGUCUUAUUUCACGUUCCUCAAAAGAAAGGUCACAGAGUUUUGGAACGACAUGAGAGUGAGUAAAUGACACAGUUUUAAUUUUUGGGUUCCCUGUAAUGAGACUGCACUUCUGUUUUCUCUUUAUAACCACCUCUGAAGUUAUUAAAGUCACCUUGGUCAGUCAGCAGCCUAAAGGCAUGUGGCCAGUCGAUGCCUUAAAAACUGGCUCCGCGACGAAAAGCCCUGUCCACAGUGCCGAUCUACCUGUCCCCUUUGUCUAUUGUCUGGUAUAGGGGUAGUCAGCCAGUGGGUUGGACUACCUGGUGGGGGGCAGAGAGGAGUAAGACGCCUAUACCGCAGGCACCGCUGGUCAGUCUCAGUCAUGAACAUUGCCUUACACAGAAAGAAGUAAGACAGGUACCGUGAGGAGAAGCAAAACAGGGCAGAAUGGUGAGGUGCUGGAAGCUUUCAGAAGCCAGUCUGGAGGACCCACAGAACAUGCAUGGAGGGAGAUGAUUGUGUGCUUGGAUUUUCUAGCACUGUGGUCCUAUGAGCUCCUCCAGGGUUCCUCACAAAGUUCUCUGGGGGAGUAUUGCUGCCAUGCUGCUCAUUGUUAUCAUCGCUCUCGGUGUGACCGCACAUCUAGGGCUACAGCACAAGACACAAUCUUCAUUGCAGGUUGUCAGAAUUCCCGAUCACACAGGUGACUUGAUCAAUCAGUCGGCUCUGAUUGACAAGCACAACAGCGUCGUGACCUACUCUGUGACUUCCCAUGUCAACCGCACCUCCACAGUGAUUUUUGACAUGAGACAAGGGCUGGUAUGCUAUAAACCUGAUAACCAGGACAGCUGCUUUCUUCGCCGGAUGGAAAGUUUGGAUUACGAGAAUGUGCAGUCUCAACUGAACAAGUCGGAGCAACAGGUUCGUCAGGUCUGGGUGGUGGGAAAUCAGACUGAAAAACACACAGAGUUUUUGGGAGUGCUGUCCGGCAGUCGUGUCGAAGCUUCCACCCUUCAAGAACCUCUUCAGUCCCUCUGUCAGCAGGCCUCUGUGUACUGGACUAGAAGAUCUGAUGGUAAGAGUCCCGGGAAACAAAGACUUAUUUACUUCUGCAUCGACAUCUGCUUUCCCAGCAACAUUUGUGUUUCUGUGUGCUUCUACUACUUGCCAGAGUGACAUUCCACUGACGGUGUACCAGCACACGCCAGGGAAACAAACAAAUGCGUUCACAUCCAUGAGAGCAACUGGAGAGGGUACACAAAUGCCAUAUUUAAUGGCAGUCUGGCAACGAAGGCGGAACCAUCUUGUCAUGUUAUCUGCUAAAUCCUUAUCUUCACCUUCUCUAGUAUUUAGCCUCAUUUUCCAGUUGCGUUUGAACAUGACUCGGCUCUAAGACUCACUCCAGCUUGUAUCUUGUAACCUGAUGCAGAUGAGUAAUGGAAAACACUGUUGGUCUACAAUAAAGCACCAUUGUGUUCAAACAUUCA